GAGUAUUAAUUGAAUUUAUAGUUGUCUGAAGUAGGCUUUUAAUUAAAUAAAAGAGUUUUAGUUUCAGUUUCAAGUUUAUAAAUUGGUAUCUAUCAAAACUGUUCAUUGUUUAAUAAAGUGGAGGGAGUUUAAAAGACGCUUGACUGAAGUAAUACAUGUUUUUGCACACAAUUCAUGAGCCUAAAAUUGUAUAUGAAUUUAUCUACAGACAGAAAGUCAAAACUAACAGAAAGACGUUCAUCGCCAGCUUUGCAAAUGACCUGCCCAAACCUUAUCAACCCAUGCUGUUAUUUUGAUGAAGGUACUGAAUCUAUCCCAACCCCGGAAGAUGAAACCAAAACUUUGGAAGAUGUUUGGCAAUUUGGUGCGAAAGACAUUCACAAAACCCCUGCACCUAAAGAAGAUCAAACCAAAAGAUCAUAUAAAUCAACGAAGACGGAAAUUGAAGACAUUGCUGUCGUUCGGUCGAGUAAACGAAGCAACAGUAAAAAACUAAGAAAAGAGACGAAUGUAUGAAAAGAAACCAGUAUAGUUCAAUUCAACGUCUCACAUCAUGUGCUAAAUUUGAUACUUGCGUUUUGAUGAAAAUUAAGAACACCUUUUUACUGGUAGAUAUUUCAAAGACCAGAAUGUUUGUUUACUUAUGUCAUUGCAAUGUAAUAUAUAUGUAACAAAAUGUUCUAUCUAUUGGUGGACUAUUUCAAAGAGCAAAAUGUGUGUUUACUUAUGUGAUUUCUAUGUGAUAUAUAUGUGCUAAAUGUUCUAUCGAUGUCAAACUAUGAACGUAUUAGUAAAUUGUAAAUUGUAUAGAAUAUUGCAUUGUAAGUUUAUCUCUCUUAUAUAAUAUAACAACUCAAAAUUUGCUAAAUUGAUGGUAAACAAUCCUCAGUCUAUGUCUAUUGUCAUGGAAAUAUUGAACAUCGUUUUUUUUUUAAGAUGAUUACACUUUACACAGGUUUUUAAUCUAAUUAGCAGACGCGUGUUUAUAUAUAUGCCAUAGAUUACCUUUACGAAUUUCAGCACGAAAGGCUGAUGAAAAAGAAAUAAUUGUCUGGCAUUGUAUUAAAUAUGCAGUACAUAGAGAAGGUAUGACGGCAUUGUAUUUAAUGUGCAGUACAUAUAGAGAGGGUAUGACGGCAUUGUAUUUAAUGUGCAGUACAUAUAGAGAGGGUAUGACAUGUACACAAUUUGUUGCGAAUUUUCUUUUGUACCGGUGCUAAAACUAAUAUAAAGAGCAUAUCACAAGUUAAGGUCAAUUAUUUCUACAAUGUAGAAUAGGAACAAUACAAACAGCGUAUGGUAAAACUGUAUACAAUGAUUAGUAAUAAAGCGAAUAAAAAGAACGGAACAAAGACUUUUAAUGUCUUUUAAUUAGGACGUUUUAGGGCGUAAGACUCCAUGUUCUGGACAGUUUUAAGCUGUAGUUAGUAAAAGAAUAAAACGUUUCAUUAAAAGAGGUUAUGAUCUGAUAAUUUUACACCACACCACAUGUUUAGUGCUCAGCACUUCUACUGCUGGAAGCUAUGCUUUCCUCUUUAAAUGUGUCCAGCGGAACAGGUUGGAGAA